CACACCUUAGGAUCCCUGUUAAACACAUUCCCUGAAUUUUUCUGCAUCUUCGCAGACCUUGAAAGGAUAAACAGAAAACCCUGGAUUGUUAAACAGCCCUUCUUUGCUGUAUUUGAUUUGUUUUAGCUUCCUCACCUGAUACAACGGCAGUUUUUUUUCUUCAGAAGAGAAGAUCACAUCAGAAGGAAGAUCUUUUUUUGUUUCUUUCAAUACCAGACAGAUAUUUUCUGCUGAUAUAAUCACAAGAAAGCAGCUGCAACCAUCUCACCAGCAGCAGCAGCAGCAGCGAUGUAUAGCUCCAGCUACUCCCGGGCCAAGCUUGGCCCAGAGUCCAGGCAGCCGCUGUACAGGAACAGAGGAAAGAGCUGCGGCUACUACAUGAGGAUCAUUUUCUUCUUUUCAUCCCUCAUCCAGUCGCUCAUCAUCAUCAGCCUGGUGCUCUUCCUCAUCUACGGUCAGCCAGAGAAGUCUGCAGAGGAGAAACGGCUCAAGGAGCUGGAGCAGGGCUACAACGAUCUGAGCAAGAACCACAUGGAUCUGAGGAAGGAGAAAGCAGAGCUUACAGCUCAGCUGGCAGCUCGGGUGGCUGAGAAAGCCGCCCUGGAGAAAGAAAUGGCGAAACAGCAAACUAAAGCCAACAACACAGAACAAGAACUCAGGCAAAGGAUUGCAGCCCAGGAUAGGAUGAUAAAUAUGAGACGCCAGCCUUUUCCACCCGUCCAGGCCCCUCCCCCCGUCACAAUUAACUACGAAGCAGAACACCUGAGGAAAACCCUCAUUCAGCAGAACAAUUUGAUCAAGCUUAUUAACGCAAACUUCAGUCAAAUGGUUGAGGAUCUGACACAUGAGAGGGACCUCGCCCAAAGAAAUAAGAACGACUACCUACAGGAGGCCUUAAAACUGCGCAGAGAUAACAGCAUCCUGACGGACCAGCUCGCCGCCUACACCAGGAAGUGCAAAGAAGACUUUGUGCAGUCUCUGAAUGGGAUCCAGAUGGUGACCAGCACGUUUCUGGAUCGGAUCAACAACCUGUUCCCCCACUCGCUGACCUUCCACCUCACCUGCAACAGCCAGCAGGAGCAGCUGGAGAAGAUAAAAAGCAGCUGCAGCAACCUGUCCAGGGAUGUGGAGAGCAAGUUCCAGCUGUACCUGGACAAUGUGGGCAACAAGGUGGUAGAGAUUCAAGCCCUGUCCAGUCAGCUGCAGGUGAGCAACUCCUACCUGUCCGCCAGCCUGGAGCAGUGCGAACAAAAACACAGCGAGGCGCUCGCCAAGGCUGCCAAAGACUUAGAGGAAAGGCAAAAGGCUCAUGAUAACCAGGUAGAGAGAUUGCUGACGGAGCAGAAAUGCCAGACACGGGCCCCGAACGGCAAGGAGAUUCAGGCACCGCGGGUUGGUUGAAAUGAGCUGUCCACACAUCCACUAUCUGUGCCGUCGACUUUCAAAGAA